GUGGGGAAGUCGGCACCUAUGGCAGGUGCAGUCCCAGCCCCUGGAAAAAAGCCAGGGGAAGGACGCGGCAGGCCAGGGGGGUCUCAGCUCUCACCUGCUGCCUCCACAGAUCCCUUUGGCAGAGAACAGGAGCAGCGGCAGGACAGGGACGCGUCCACCAGCCAGCCAGAGAGAAGAAAAUUUGUUCCCGGAGUUAGCAACGUUAAACUGAAGGACAUGAAUAAUAAACCAAAGUGUCCAGCUGUGCAGCUCACUGCAAAGGUGAAAAACCUAGAUGUGUCUAUAGACCUGGUGCCCACCAUCCGGAAUAAAGGGGACAUGCCCAUGGAUUGGCCGCAGCAGGAUCUCAGGUGGCUUUCCGACUGGUGGGACCAGGAGCAAGACACUGAGCGGAUCAAACCCACCUGGAAUAUCAAGGAAAUUGACAAAACUGGGACCAGUCUGGUGGCCAAGGGUUCAUACUGGAGGCUCACCUACUCCCUGGCUGAGACCCAGCUCCUCAAGGACAUUGACGCCGAUGGUGGGCACAGGUGGCUGGCGCUGCGGGUGCUGAAGAAAAUCAACAAGGAGAACUGGAGGCAUUGGUAUGGCAAAGUCCUGACCUCCUACCACCUGAAGACGGUUCUUUUUUGGGCUUCCCACCUCAACCCAGAGACGAAGAACUGGGCCACGUUGAUGGAUUCUGUGCGGACCCUGCUAAAGGUGCUGGAGUUCAGCCUAGAGAAGAGACACCUGCCCAGCUACUUCCUGCAUUCGAUUAAUUUAUUCGACUGGCGCCGGACUGAGGAAGAGAAUUCCCUGAAGAACCGGGUGCUGGAGGUGCUCAGACUGGAGGUGAGGCUGAUGAGAUGCAGCCCAGAACCGUACCUCCAGCUGACCGAAAGGCCCCAAGUCUCGGGACCCUUCAUCCAACGGGCGUGGGAGCUCAACGAGUUUAGAAGGGAGCAUCAGAAAGACAUUGAUGAGUUCAAAAAACAGGAGAUACCUGAGGAAAGCAAAUCCAUGGACUCGGACCAGGAGUAAUCUCUCUAGGUCCCAAACAUAGACGCUUCGGCUUCUAUCUGAACUGACAUGCCCCAGAGGACCUGCAUUGGCUCUGGAUUUACCCUGGGGAAAUGGAGGUUUUACUUAAAAACCUUGAGAUAUGGAACAAUAAAUAAUGCGGGUUUGUUUUCAUUGGGGUUUGUAAGAGUGGGGCUCACAUGGGGUGACUCCAGAUUGUCCUCAGGGGAGCUGAGACCAGAAUCCAGCCCAGACCCCACUGCAGUCAGUGGAUAUGAGAAGAUCCAGUGGCUGGAAGUUGAAGCUGGACAGAUUUAGACUUGAAAUAAGGUGCACAUUUUUAAACAGUGAUGGUAAUUAACUAUUGGAUCAAUUUAGAGAUUCUUAGAUUUGAAAAACAGAAGGGACCACUGUGAUCAUCUGUAGGCCUGAAAGCCUAACUUUGAAAAUUGUUUUAAAUGAUCAUAAUUUUACGUAGUAAUAUUUGUAUUCAUUUUUGUUAGUAUAAUAUGUUUUGGAAUUAGUAAGAAGAAAUAGUUUUUGGUCUUAUUUCAUUUUUAGUAGCAGUAAGAAGGAGCAGUUUUAUUAAGGAUUGUUUAGCUCUGCUUUGCUCUGUAAGAAGUCUUGUUUUUGAAACUGUUCUGUGUGAGUGGAGGAAUGUACGGUGUUAGGAUACAGAUAUUCAGGCCUGUCUGUAAAGGCCCAGACUCUAAGAAUUUAGGUGUAUUCUUAUCACUUGGCUAAUUCUAGAGGUAUAAAAGAAAGAAUCAAAAUCACUGUCUGCCGGAGUAAGAGCAUCCGAUGAAGUGAGCUGUAGCUCACGAAAGCUUAUGCUCAAAUAAAUUUGUUAGUCUUUAAGGUGCCACAAGUACUCCUUUUCUUUUUUCUCUCACUGUGACAGUCUGAGGCCCUGUGCUUAGGCUAAGAUCUUUGGCUAAGCAACAGAGGCAGCCAUAAGCUGGGAAGCGACCGGUCACCUCCUCACAUUCCAAACUAGUCACAUUGAAAGAAGGUGCUAUUGGGCUGUUAGGACACAAUCCUGUCCUGGUAACGCCCAUCGCCUCCAGAGAAAGGGAAGUGCCUCGAAGAUGUAAAAGGAAACUUAGUUUGAUAGCAUCCUGUCUGGCAAGAACUCACUUAUCAAUACUGGGAUGUGAAAUCCUCAUUUCUGUAUUGUUUUGUCAUUAGAGUUCCCACUUUGCUACUGUUUGUCUGUAUAAUCUCUGUCUGGUUCUGUGAUUGUUCCUGUCUGCUGCGUAAUUAAUUUUGCUGGGUGUAAACUAAUUAACAUGGUGGGAUGUAAUUGGUUACAUAAUAAUGUUACAAUAUGUUAGGAUUGGUUAGUUAAAUUUCA